UUCCCCCCCCCCCCCCCCUUUUAAAUGACCUAAUAUCGAUCAUUGAAGAUGACAAUUGUCUCCUUGUAGACAUUCAAAAAUUUCCUUCAAUCCCUAAGUCACGACUUUUCCCGGAGUUUCUGACUGGGAAUCUGGAAGAUUGUCGAGGCGCCAUAAGCAAAUGAAACUGCAGCAAAAUAGUGUGUCAGCUGUUGGAUGGGCUAUAUUGAGGUCUCUCGGCAAGAUUCUGAAGCCAGUAGAUCAUUUGAUGAUGUGAAGAAGUUGAGAUAGAAAGGGAUCCUCAACUGGUGCUGCAUCAACGAAGCGUGGAUACAAGUGCAGUAGCUUGGCAUUGGUACACUACUUCGCUGCUACCAUCCAAAUUAUUCAAGAGAUCGACGAAAUAUGUAGAAUUUACGCACGUACCCAGAGAAACCAAAUGGGAGGCCAACGAGUUUGGCUCAGAUUGCCUCAGGAAUUUGGUUCUUCGAAGAACACAAGAUCAUUGUCGUUCAAAAGAGCGAACGCCCCUCGAUGCAGGUCAGAGCUAUGCCAGUAUUCUCAGUAAAUUAGGAUCAGGAAGCGGCUGCAGAAUAGAGAGAAGAAAUCAAGAACUACAUGCUCAAUCCUAACUCUAGAGCUACCUACAAAAUGAGAUUAAAAGCACAACAGUUCACCGUUUUAGGCGACGGCUUAUAAAAAGUCUCAAGAAGGACUUUUGCUUAAAUGUUUUGGGCGACAAGCUUUAUUCUGAAGCCAGAAGAUAAUUUUCACGAUGUGAGGUGGCCGGAACUGCAGCUGGAAGUUGGUCAAUCACAUAGAUCUUUGCGAAAUAUAAUGAGUUCGAUGCGAAAAUUUGCAGUAAAAGUUUCUUCUUUUGAAAAUGUUUGGUUUCAGUGGAGGCUGUUUCUAGAGCAAGCGAGCAAUUUCUGGUUCAACGUUCAACGCCGUAGGUUCUAGGAUUUUAUCGUUGUCUUCGACAAAGGUUUCAUGGUGCAGUAGUUCCUGCGUCUUCAUCGUCUUUGCUUUUGGUGGUCGUUCUUUGUUUCAUUUUUCCCCAUAUAUAUGUAAAUAUCAGUUAUGUUAAUAGUUUAUGGGUUCUUCUUCUUCACUGGUAAUGAUUUUUCUAUUUUGCCAGAUUCCAUUGAUCAAUUGUUAAUGGAGCCAUUGACGGCGGCGGAGCUUUGUGGAAGGUGGCAACGAUGGGGAGUGUUCGACUGUCAAGGUUCUAUCAACAUAUCCGGCCAAAAAAUUUCAUGAAGACAUCAACCUGCUCAACGUAUGCUCGUUAGGACGCGGCUUCCUUCUCUGCGCCGUGCCUCCUUCGCCUCUCCUGCAACUUGGAGAAAAUAUAAAUUGUCUUGAUUAAAUGUGUAUGGUACAAAUCUUUUCAUAGGUGCAUAGGAGAAAAAUUGUGUAGUAUACAAUCAAGAUUUGUGAAAGUAAAUUUUAAAACAAAACAUAAUAUUAAAAAUGUGGUUUGGAUUUAGAAAGUUUAAGUUCAUUUAAAAAUAUUAAUAAGAAAUAAAAAAUAGCUAAAAUAUGUGUCUUCUUAACCUUUUAUUUUUUAUCACAUUUUUUUAUUAUUUUAUUAAUAGAAGUUAUCAUGUCAUAUUAAAAAGUAUGUAAUAAUUUAUAGAAAAAAUGACAACAAAAUCUCUCUAAAAUAUAUAAUUGAUAAGUUGGUUUUUUAAAAUGUUAUAAUUUUCCUGAAAUCUUUAGAGACUUUCUGUCAUUAAUAAAUUUAUGUAAAUUACCAAAUUGCCUUUGUUGAAAAUAAAUGAGUCACAAGUUUUGUUUAAAUAUUCAUAAUUUUCCUUCUUAUAUUCGCAACAAUAGAAUAAUAAAUAAGUAAUUUAACAUGUGAAGUUGUAAUUUACUGUUGCAUUGUUACGAAUAUAAGAAGGAAAGUUGUGAGUAUUUAAAUAAAACUUAUAAAUCAUUUAUUUAAAAAAAUAAUUUAGUAAUUUAUAUAAAUUUAUUAAUGACAGAAAGAUACCUAAAAAAAUUCAAGAAAAUUAUAACAUUUUGAUGGAUCAAAUUAUCAUUUAUAUAUUUCAAAGAAAUUUUAUUAUCAUUUUUCUUAAUUUAUAUAGCAGUGGAAUUAAGCUUAUGUGCUUCAAAAUUCAUAAAAAGUUUUAUAUAUUUUAGUCAUAAAUAUAUAAUUAAAAGUAUAUAAAAUUGAAGAAUAAUUUUUCAAUAAAGUUGAGUAUAUUAGUCUUACCUUUAACUGAAUGAUUUUUAACAAAUCAGAAACCUACUAUUGUACAAAUCAAAGCAUAAGGGAUGUUUUUGAGGUUGAGAACAAAUUUAUGAGUUACAGAAUGUAAAAAUCAUCAGUCCUUAUUCUGAGCGUCUUUAGACCUUAGCCAAAAAUGCAGGCACCUGAAUUGAAUUUUCUCACGAGUGACGAUUAUUUAUUUAUUUAAUUUAUUAUUUAGCCUCAUUCCCGUGCGCCCACAAACCCUGCCUGUUCUCUGUAUUGGCUUCCUCCUGUUCGCCAGUACGUCUAGUGAGGGCGCGGCUCUCUGGUUCGUCGUUUCUUUUCCUCUUGGUCGUUCCCGCCGCCGUCUAGUGCACCUCCAGUCACCGUCGACGGCUCCCCCGUCUUCAUCCCAGAGUUGAAUCCAUUUGCAAGAAAGCAUACACAGCCAGGGAUUGAAGCACGGCAUGAGGCCAAACAGGUGUCUAGCGUCAUUUGAUAAAGGACGUACUCAAGGAGACCCCCAUGAUUUGAUAAACGGCCUAGGUAAUCAAGUGGCCAGAACUGGGGAUAAGGUAAGAAUCAAGUAUAUACCUCUCAGUAAGAAAGAUGAGCCUGGAAGUGGAUGGGGCAUUUUGGAACUGAUUUUGGGUCAAGGACAAAAUGUAGGAUUUGAUAAAGCAAUUUGCGGAAUGAAAGUUGAUGGAGUGAGAGAUGUUACAAUUCCAGCACAUCUUUGCCCAAGGCCCAAUGGGAUUCGUAGGCGUCUGUAUCUUUGCGGCAACCAUCAAGAUUUUGAUGAUGUGUUAAUGUCAUACAUAUACAUUGCAAGUUGUGCACGAUGCCUCAGGUUUUGAAGAAAAUUCCAACCCUCUGGAACUCGAAGGGUGAGAAGAAAUUUCGUGUUGCGCUUUUGACCAUCUCACCACCCGAUUCGGGGAAGAAGUGAAGUAGAUAGGUCAUUCUGGUAGAUAGGCAUGAUUACUUCCCAAAGUAUAUAGGACAUUUUUGCAUUGCAUUCUUAUGGUAAUUGUGAAGCUAAUCGUAUGUUGCAUAUAGGUUGUUUGUUUUUAAUCAAGUUUUAUUAUCAUCAUAAUUCUGUCAUGAUUAUUUUAUAAUAAGGAUCUAUGAAUAUUUAUAGAAUUAUUGUCGAUGUCUCAUGGCAAUCUUUGGUGUAUUAUUGUGAGAAUAAUAAUGAAUAAAGAUUGGUAUGAUUUUGUUUGA